AUGAGGAACAAUACUGUAACAAUUUUCAUUCUACUGGGACUGACAGAUGACCCACAACUGCAGGUUCUGAUUUUUAUCUUUCUGUUUCUCACCUACGUGCUAAGCAUAACUGGGAAUCUGACUAUCAUCUCCCUCAUCUUAGUGGAUUCUCACCUUAAAACAGCCAUGUACUAUUUCCUACAAAAUUUUGCUUUCUUGGAGAUCUCAUUCACAUCUGCAUGUAUUCCCAGAUACUUAUAUAACAUAGCAACAGGUGACAAGAUGAUUACCUACAAUGCCUGUGUCAGCCAAGUAUUUUUUACUGACCUCUUUGGUGUAACUGAAUUUUUUCUCCUGGCUGCCAUGUCCUAUGAUCGCUAUGUGGCCAUCUGCAAGCCCCUGCAUUAUGUGACUAUCAUGAGUAGUAGAGUCUGCAGGAGACUUGUCUUUUGUUGUUGGGUGGCUGGUCUGUUUAUUUUAAUCCCCCCACUCAGCCUAGGCCUAAAUCUGGAGUUUUGUGAUUCUAAUAUCAUUGAUCAUUUUGUUUGUGAUGCAUUUCCCCUCCUGAAAAUCUCUUGCUCAAAUACUUGGUUUAUGGAACAGACCAUUAUCAUCUGUGCUGUACUGACCCUCAUUAUGACACUCAUGUGCGUAGUUCUGUCCUACAUUUACAUCAUCAAGACAAUUUUAAGAUUCCCUUCUGCCCAGCAAAAGAAAAAAGCCUUUUCUACCUGUUCUUCCCAUAUGAUUGUAGUUUCCCUCACCUAUGGUAGCUGCAUCUUCAUCUACAUUAAACCUUCAGCGAAGGACUCAGUGCCCAUAAAUAAGGGGGUGAUGGUCCUCACUACUUCUAUGGCUCCCAUGCUGAACCCCUUCAUUUAUACACUAAGGAACAAACAAGUACAACAGGCCUUCAAGGACUCAGUCAAAAGAAUUGUAAUAUUUUCCAAGAAAUAA